AAUUCUGCAAGUGGUUCUGAUUUACUAUCGCUGUUCUCUAGCUGGUCUAAAACCGCUUUUGACAUAAAGGGACGCUUUUUGGACGCCAUGGACGUUUCUCAGUUUCCAGGCAGAAAGAACAGUAAAAAUGCAGGCAGGGCACAGGACAAAGCACUCGGGACAAAAUGUAUGUGAAAUGGUUUGAUACAUGAAUGUCACUUUUUGUCAUUUUUAAAUUUCCCGCCAUUCCGUCCCUCGUACGUUCCGACGCUCGCAGGGGAUGGAACCCAGAUGACAGAUGCCGGCAUCCGCUGGAUUAAUUUGCCGGGGAUACCGCAGGAGGUACAU